AAUGCAGUAUAAUAAGCUUUAGGGUAACGUAGAUAUAAAGGCACUUUGAUUAGGUAAUUUUUAACUUAAAUAUCUUUCUUAUAUAUAAAACAGAAUCACGUUUCUACAUGAAGUUCUUUAAAAACGGAAUUUGUAAUAAAAAUUAAUACUGCUUAACGUUUGAGUCCAGUGCUCUUGUAUACAAACAGGACUGCAGAAUGGGCAAAGAGUUAGAAUUUUCAGAUUUAUCUUUUGUACCUGAACAUUUUUAAGUUUCAAAAUCCGAAAAGGGAUUUAGUUACUAGAGUGGCCCAUUUGUCACUCUAGUUACUACACUUCUCUUUCUAAAUAGGUGAAGACAGAUGUGGGGAAACAAAUUUUUACUGCUUGUGAGCCACAAACAACAACUCGUGCCAAGGUUUGCUAGUCUAGGCAUAUGACAGAAAUUUGAACUUCGAUAAGACACAAGAGGACUUGCAGCUGCUCUGCAAAGCAUACAGAUUUGCAAAAUUUAGAAUGAUAUAUACCUGUUAGCAAUUUUCAUUUAAAUCCUAAUGAUCUAAUAAAUUUUGUAUAGACGUAUCCAUAGAGAUGAUGCUUGUGUUUAUUGUUUACGGUGCUAAAUGCAUCUAAUGUUGUGUAAUCACUGAUGAAUAAAUAUUGAAGAUUUGCCCAACCAGCAUUGAGGAAUGUCGUCAAACUGAGCAACGAAACCAGUUGUUUGAUCCGAUUCAAGGCCUUAUGUAAUAGCAGACUACUGGCGCAACUCCUGAAGAUGAAUCAGUCAAAGUGGUGUACGACAGCAUACUUAACAGAGUAUAGACACUUUCCUGCAAACAUCAUCUGUCUCAUUGUUCUCAAUGUGGUAGUUGCUGUUUUAAACAUCCUGAUCAAUGGUUUUUUGAUCUAUGCAUUAAGGAAGACACAGCAGUUGAAGAACCUAUCAAAUCAAUUCAUUGCCUGUCUUAGCCUUUCUGACUGUGGUGUGGGACUACUAGCUCAGCCUCUUAUCAUAGCUACCCUUUGGAAUAAGCAUAUGGGUGUAAUUUCUUGUAAUACCGAGAUGGCAACGCAGGCCGUUGGGUUUACUUUCUGCCACUUCUCUGGAGUUAUGCUGGCAAUUAUUGCUGUUGAUCGCCAUCUUCAUAUCAAGUACAAAAACAAGUACAAUUUCUAUAUGAAUUCGUCCAGAGCUAUCAAAGUCGUUGCAUUGAAUUUGUUUAUCGCUUUAAUUGUUGCAGGAGGUUCUGUUCUUUCUAGUACACAGCACACAUACAUUACUUUUGACCAAGCAAUGAUGUCGAUUGACACAAUCGUAGUACUCUUUAUUUGGCUGAACUAUAUAUUGAUAUUCAGAUUAAUUAAAGAACAUAUGAGAACAAUUCAUAGAAAAGACAGUGAAGGAAAUACACAGGUAUUAUCAAAAGUGAAGGCAGAUGCAGCUUUUGCAAAGACAAUGGUCCUUAUCAUGACAUCCCAGGCUAUUUGCUACUUUCCAUACUUUCUUUCGAGUUCUCUGCGGUCAAAGAAAGAUGUGGUACACAGAGAAAGCUGGCUCGGUUCCUUCAGAUGGUGGAGCCUCUUACUAGUGUAUUUGUGCUCCUCACUUAAUGCGCUGAUAUUCAUAUUUAGGAACGCAAAGAUAAAAAGACACUUUUUUAGACAAUUUUCAAUGACCACUGAGCUUAACAGCUCAAAUCAAGAGUAAAAUUAUUCGCAAAUAUUUAUGCUACUAUAUAGCUUUUGUUCAAUGAACUUCAUGUUUUGUUGUUGUUAAAACAAAAAAAACGUUAAAAUCUAUAUCCUUCACUCAAAUUAUUUACUUUGUGCCUUCAUAUCUACUUUAGCUACCUGUGAGCAUUCUUACCUGAGCCGCAAAAAAAUAAAUUCACCAACAAUACCAUAACAGUUUUAGAUUCGAAAUUUGGUCAUUGGAUUUGGUAUGCAGUUCGGGGCUGGCUCUACUCACUAAGCACCUUAAGGACUGAAGCGUCAGGUACAAGCAAAAACAGUUUUGCUUAAGCAUAUCAUCAACAUAGCUCAAUUACAUAAAUCAAUUACAUAAUAUAAACUGGUUUUGACUAUAUUUUAUAACUACUAUAUACAUAACUUGAAAAUUGAGGCAACACAACUGAGGAUGUGACUUUGCAUACAACCGGAAUAGUAACCCUGUAAAAUUAUUUCGUUGACAUGAAAUCUUCGCAGGCAUUCCAAGGAACAUUUGCAAAAUGU